AUGGAACAACAACAACAACAAUUACAAUUACAACAACAACAACAAUUACAACAACAACAAGAAAAAUUUGAACAAAUUAAUGAAAAAAUAAAUUCAUUUUCACCAUUAUUAGAAUCAGCCAUUGAAAAUUCAGAAAAAGAAAAACAAAACUCAAGUAGAUUAAGAAAAUACCUUAGAUCAUCAAAUGAUUAUGUAUCAUUAUCAUUCGAUAUAUUAUUAUCAUUAAUUAUAUUACCAUCAUCAGCAACAAUUAUAAAUAUAAAUCAAAAUCCAGAAUUAGUUUUAACAUUUAUAAAUGGUGAUAGAAAAUCAAAUCUCUCAAUAUCAAUCAAUAAUGAAAAUAUUUUAAAGAUUAAUAAUUGGUUAAAAAUCAAUUUUUUAUUAACAACUUUAAGAUUAUUACCAUUUAUUGAAAAUAAUUUAUUAAUUAAUUUAUUUAAAAUUUUAAAUAAAAAAGAUCAAGAAAAUGAAGAAAAUGAAGAAAAUCAAAAUAAUCAUGAAGAAAAUAUAGAUUUGUUAAUAGAAUUUGAAAUUUAUUAUUUUAAAAUUAUUUGUGAACCAUUUUUAAAUUCAAAAUCAAUAAUUGAAAUAAAUCAAGAUAUUAAAUUAAAUCAAAAAGAAUUAUUAAAAAAGAAUAAUAAUAUUAAUAAUAAUAAUAAUAAUAAUGUUUCUUCACCAAUUGGUAACUCUUCAAAUUUUGAUAAUUCAAAUUCAAUAUCAAUAACUUCAAAUAAUAAUAAUGAUAAAUUUCAAAAUAAUGAUAUACCAAUAUUAAAUGUACCACAAUCAGAUGAACAAUCUUCCAAUAUGGUAACUUCAACAACAAAUACUUCAUUAUCAACACUAUCAAGAUUUUAUGAAGGUUCAUUAUUUAGAAAAUCAAAAAUACUUGGUAGAAAAAAACCAUUAUGGGUAAUGUUGACUGAUACAGCAGUAGUUGGAUAUUCAAAAAAAACAAAUAUAACUCAUUCAACUUCAUUAAAUAAUGAAAUUAGUAGAUCAAUUUCAAAAUCAAAAAUUAAAACAAAUAAAAAUUUAGAAAAUAAUAAUAAUGAAAAUUCAACAACAACAUCAACAACUACUACUACUACUACAACUACAACAGCAACAAAUAAUAAUAAUAAUAAUAAUAUUAAAUUUUUAGUUAAAAUACCUUAUACAGAAAUUUUAGAAAUUUUAGAAGAAAAGAAAAAAGCAAAUUGUUUUUUAAUUGUAACAGAAAAAAAGAAAUAUCGUUUAACUGCUCCAUCAAUUAUUGAACAAAAAGAAUGGAUUCAACAACUUGAAAAUAUGGUAAAAACUAAUGUUAAACAAGUUGAUGAUGCUUCAUCUUCAUCUACUUUUACCUCUCCAACUAUUUCACCUGUAACUUCACCAAAUUUAAAAUCUACAAAUAAUAAUACCAAUCGUCCUAGAAAUAUUAAAUUUAGUAUUUCUCAAUAUAUAAACUUUAAAAAAAAACAAUAA